AUGAGCAUCCUGCAGAAAAUCCUCGAUGACAUGUAUAUAGAACCUAGCCUGCUAGAAAAGCUGACCGACGUCCAGAAACAAAUUCUUUUCUGCAAGAUGCGUGAGGAACAGAUUCGACGCUGGAACCUGCGUGAGAACGAAAAGAACAGUCGAAAGUCGUCGGAUACGCGGGUCAAGUGGCUGCUAGGAAAGGACGGCCAGCCGUGGGUUUGGGUGAUGGGCGAGCACCCAAACGACAAAUCCAUCGACGAGAUUCUUGAGGAAGAGACGAAACAGAAAGCCAGACAGUUGGCGGCCAUCGAAGCUUCCCGCAGCUCAGACGCCAUCUUGCCGGACUCGAUUGAGGACCAAGUCGAAGUGCCAAAUCAAGUCGGCCAGCCGUCGCAGGAUGAGCUUCAACGUCGGGAGGCAGAAAUUUACCAGUCGUUGAAGAAGGCCCGAGAGGAAGCGAAUCGAGAAGCGGAGGUCGAGGCUGAAAUAGAAGCUCCUCAUUCUCUCAUUUUUCAUAUACGUAUAUUCGUUUUUAGAGCUACGUCGGCCCGUAGUAUCAAACCACAUUCGCGGCUGUCGGUUAUUCAGUGGUACCGCAACGAAGAGUAUAUUCGAGGCGUAGGUGUGGACAGGAUUACAAAUCAUUUCGCACCAUGGUUCCAUGGCCUUAUUGACCGUGAAGAAGCUGAGUUGCUGCUUAAAUUUCAGCCUGUCGGUUCGUUCCUCGUUCGUCUCAGCGACCGUAUUCUGGGCUACGUCAUCUCGUGUCAGGCGGCACUGAAGGUGAAGCACUUCUUGGUAGAGAGAACUGAAGAAGGAUAUCAGUUUUUUGGCUCAGAGCAGAUGGUCCACGCUGAUCUGUCAGACCUCGUUGCAUUUCACAAAAAAGUGCCGAUUACGCAGACUGGGUUGGAGCUCCUGCUCAUACCGGUCGGCCAACAACGCAUACCUCCUGAUUAUGCUGAAUUGUUACCGAACACUUUCGAUUGA